CAGACCUCCGGUCGCAGUUCAGUCGCCGGUUACUCGGCUGAAAACACGACCUCGUUUCUCCUGAGGAACGUUAACCGGACAUUUAAAGUGUUAGUUGGACACUUUAACCGGUGCUCCGGUAGACCGACGAAGAGGAGGAAGAGGAGGAGGAGGAGAGAACCGAGACGGGAGGAGGACGGACCGGCUCGGAGGGGAAGCAGAGGAGGCUGCUGGGGAGAAAAAAGCGGAAAAAAGGGAGGAUAUAUAUUUUUUCUGGGGAGGAAGAGUUGGCUGCGCGUGUGUUCCUCUCCUUCUUCCUCCGCUCUCUCUCUUCUCCAGCCUCCCCGCCUCCCCCCGGAGUCUCCCUCGUCUGGAGGGUUAAAUGUCUGGUUCCCGGAGGUUUCUAAAUGUUGAACUUGAUGGGUGUUUUAAACUCCACCUCCGCCAAUGUCUCCUGUACGUGUAACUGCAAGCGCCUCACGUCCCUCCAGAGCAUGGAGAUCACCCAGCUGGAGUUCGUCCAGAUCCUGGUGAUCGUCGUGGUGAUGAUGGUGAUGGUCGUGGUCAUCACCUGUCUGCUGAACCACUACCGCCUAUCGGCUCGCUCGCUGCUCUCAAGACACGCCCCUUCCCGCAGGCGACACCUGCCAUUGGCCAACGAGGGAAGUCUGUGGUCGUCUGUUGCCACGGGGACGAACAGCAGUCUUAACGAGCACCAGGUGUACAACCCGCGGCCCCCGGACCGCGGCGGGCCCUCAUCCUGCCUGCAGCGGGACCCCCAGCAGGCCCAGGCCCGGGCCCAGGCCCAGGCCCGGUCCCUGCCCCCGCUCCAGGCCCAGCGCUUCCAGCACAGCUCCGCGGCGAGCCGCUUCCAGCCCACCUACCCCUACCUGCCCCAGGGCCUCGUGGACCUGCCGCCCACCAUCUGCCUGUCGGACGGCGAGGAGCCCCCCCCCUACCAGGGGCCCUGCACCCUGCAGCUGCGGGACCCCGAGCAGCAGAUGGAGCUGAACCGGGAGUCCGUCAGGGCGCCGCCCAACCGGACCGUGUUCGACUCGCACGCCAUCAACGCGGCCGGCUCCGGGCCGCAGGCCAGUCUGCAGGCCCCGCCUCCGAGCGUCCAUUCGGGCGUCAGCGUGCUGGAGGCCCAGGAGGCCUUGUCCCGCCACCAGAAGCAGGGCCCCCGAGUGGAGGGCGCCCCCCCGACCUACAGCGAGGUCAUCGGCCACUACUACCACCACCCGGCCCCGAGCCCCGCCCACCGGACCGUCUCGGCCCCGCCCCCUUCCUCGUCCUCGCUCAUCAACGGCGGCCUCCUCCGGCCGCCGCCGCGGGGGGGAAGCGUGGACAACAGGAACGCCAAGGAGAAAUCCCAGAAGCUCCAGCGGGUGUGACAGUGACUCCUCCUCCUUCCUCGAAGGGAGGGGGAGGAGGCGGGGGGAAGGGGGGGGGCAGGAGCCAAUGAGGAACGACCUGGCGAAUGGUGAGAUGGUUUCAGGGCUGGUUCACGCUAGUUGUCAUUGUAGCUGACCUGAGGUCAGUUUCCCAAACGCGCCAGGACCAAGACCAGAACCAGGACCAGAACCAGGACCAGAACCAGAACCAGGACCAGAACCAGAACAAGGACCGGGACCAGAACCAGAAACCUGGAAACCGGAUCACGGACCAGGAAGACAAAUCUUGACACUUCCCGUUUCCGCAGCUUCUAUCAUUUCAGACGAUGAUGAUGAUGAUGAAGAUGUCAGAGAAGGAAGGAAGCAGAGGGUGCAGAAAGAAGGGAGGAAGGGUGCAUACCGAAGCAUCCUUCUCCUCCCCCCUCGCCUCCUCCUCCCUCGGACCGAUCGAGCUUCACACAUUAUAAAUAUUUACUCGUUUUUUCGUUUCGUUUGUUCGUCUUUUCUUUUUUUUUCGCGCUUCAACGAUAUAUAUAUUUUUUCCGGACGAACGGCGAAACGUUGCAAUCUGAUUGGUUCUCCCAGGUUUUUUUUUUUUUCCGGUGAUAAUCCGACCGACUUUUUUUUCUUCUUUUCUUUCUUUUCUUUGCUUGUUCCCUGAAGGUUUGCACAAAGUUUCAAGACCGCAAUAUGAGGAGAGAACGGAGAACGCAGAGGGUAUUUUUAUAAACUCGAUAGAUUCGUAAAGAGUAAAGAUGUUUUUCAUUUCCUUCUUCUUCUUCCUCUUCUUUUUCUUUUUCUUUUUCUUCUUCUUCUUCUUCUUCUUCUUCUUCUUCUUCUUCUUCUUCUUCUUCUUCUUCUUCUUCUGUUUUUACAUGUUUUGAUUCUAGUUUUAGAGAAAGAAGAAAACAUCAUUAAUCUGUCGGGGUGUCCCGACUUUCACGCUGAACAUUUUUGCUGCCUACGUGUUGGUGUGAGUACACACACACACACACACACGUAUGCGAACUCAAAAGCACGAAAUAUUGCGAGUUAUUUAUAUGAUUGCUGAAAAGAAUUGCACUAUUUUUUUAGUAUGCGCAGAUGGAAACGUGUGGGGGAGACUUUUAUUGUGAAGGAGCUCUGUCCCAUUGAAAGAGAGCGAGAAAACACAGCGGCUCACCGGGGGGGGGGGGGGGGGGGCAUAUCACUGACUUUGGGUCCAUCGAUGCUGAACCAUUGAACAUGUCUAAAUCCCUCGUUUAUGCAAAAGAAAAAGUCCUAAAAAUGAACGUCAGCCUCCGACCUGUCGGUCCAAUCAGAAGCUCUGCUUCUCUCUCUCUGUCGUCCCAUUGGCCGAAUUGUCGGCCAAUCCGGUCGCCACCUCCAGUCGGACUUUGUCCCCGUCGAACAGAAGUAGGAGUUAAUCACGACGACGUGAGACGCGAGCGGCGGGCGGGAUGUUUUGAAUGUCAGAUUUUAAUUUGUAAUUUUUUGUUAUGGUUCCAUCGGGUGAGAAAAGAGAGAGAGAGAGAGAGAGAGAGGCUUUGUGGUGCUCCUACAUGAGUGAUAUGCUGACUGCACACACACACACACACGCCCUCUGGUGAGGUCACUGCUGUCGCAGGCAUCUCUGAGCACUUUACUGCACCAGGAAAGAGACAACAAAACAACAAGACAACAAGACAACAAUCCUCCGUCAGCCAGCGGCAGCAGAACCCGUUGAGCCUUUAUUUAAUAUUACAGAGCAGAACCUUCAGAGGCCACAAAAAAAGAGCCGUGCUCCAAAACUGUCAGCAUCCAUCAAAGUGUGUGUGUGUGUGUGUGGGGGGCGGAGGGGGGGGGGGCUAAUUACAACCCUGGAAUCACCAGCUGUUGUUUUUUUAUUACCUUUAUUUUAUUCAUCUUUUAAAUUGCAUUAAAUGUUCUUUAUUCAAACAGAAAAUUAAAAUUAUAAAUAUAGCCCCCACCCCAAAAUAAUUGGCAAAACUUUUAUUUUAUUUAUUUUUAAUAGAAAUGAACUUUUAUUUAACUUUUGGUCUUGGAUGUGUUUGACUUCUGGAGCAGAACUCUGACGAGGCGAGUUGUUCAGUUAAGACACACAGAAGUGUUGAAAAGUGACACGAGUGUUGACGGCAACUCGUCCUCUUUGGUCUGGGAGACAUUCAGGUUGCCCCGAAGGUCAAAGGUCAGCUCGCUAACGUAGAAUAUUAGCUUAUUUUUUUAUAUAUUUGUCGUGUUCCUUCUAGUUGAUUCUUUGUGUGUAAAGUGUUUGCGAGCGUCUCGUGACCGGCCGGUCCGAGGGCUCCAGUGGACCCGCCGAUGCCCUCUAGUGUCAGCCUUUAUGCAACAGCGCCCUCUACAGGGGCCGAACCAAGACCUGCAGCCAAAACCUCCCCGAAGCCCAGUCUGGUUUAGACCCCCCCAAAGCAAACAAAAAGACGUUCUCUAACACGGUGAACCCUCACGUCCCUUUUCUUUUCUUUCGUCGUUGUCGUCACAUCGGGGUCACCGAUUGGGAUCUUUGAAAAAAAGAUGCGCCGGCCCUUUAAAAAAAGCUCCGGUUUGAAUUUACUUCAAAUAAAAAAACCUCAAACAGUCUCACGGCUUUCGGUAGAUGACGAUGAUCCUCUGCAAGCGUGUUUUCUAUUGCGCAACAGGAUUUAGGAGUGUUUGAGGAUCCUAAACAUCCUCAAAACACAGGUGAGGCCAAUAUUGUCCGUCAUUUCAUUUAAAAACUUUUCUACGCUCUCAAAGGGGCGCGAGGACAAACCAACAUUACUUAAAUAUUUCCUUUACACACAAGAAAAUGACAAAUAAUCAUUCAGUCGUUGUCUUUGUGUUUCACGUCUUUCUCCUGUUGCACAAAUAUAUAUAUAUAUAUACGUGUGUAUUAAAAACAAAUCACGAUAUUAAAAGAAAUCAAUCUCUUGACCCAAAGCAGCUUCAGGAGAGACGAGUGAAUCAAUCACCUUUGACCUUUGACCUUGAAGUGAGCACAACGUACAGAUUAUAACUUAUAAUAUCUUCAUCAGUGCUUUACUUGUGUUUGAGCUGGGCUGCUCCCUUUAGUAUAUAUAUAUAUACAUAUAUAUAUAUAUAUAGUUUUAAUGAUGGUGGUUCGGGUCCCUGGGGGUCGCAGCGGGUACGAGGAGGCUGGACCGGCGCCGGUCGGGAAAACUAAACGUGUUUUAAAUUGUGUCAAUCUAAAGAAGCUCCGCUGGCUGAGGGUAAAAAAACACAAACAACUAGAGAGAAGAAAAAAGACGGGAGGAAGAGA